GGACAGCUGCCCCUGGACGCCAUGGCAACACGCUACGCCAACGCUUAGAUGCUGUCUGAACUCUCUCGCUUUACACACUGCUCUGGUCCUCAUAUCUCUUGUCCUGUCUGAAUACGGAAGGACAUGGGUUUCAGCACUCCGCUCCUCCUCCUCCUCCUCCUCUUCCUCCUCGCUGUGCUGCCGGUGGCCUGGCCCUGCACGCCUCAGAAAGCUGACUAUGUGAUGGUGUCGUGUUUCCCCAACACCAUCAUUGCCCACGUGCCUGAGUGUCCGUAUGGGUGGGAGAUCGCCCAGCUCUCUCUCGGAGGCAUCUGCUACAUCGGGGUCAACAGCCCGGGAUACUAUCGCUUCGCCAUCCCUGACCUCACGCCCCGAAACCACUCGUACUGUGGCACGCAGUCAGAGUAUGUCGGAGGCAAAGACCCAAAGUACGUCUUCUACAACUCCAUCGUGUCCAACGAUUCCUCGCUGACCGUGCGCAACCAGCCAGUCAACUACACCUUCAGCUGCACCACGGUACAGUACGUUUUUACUGCCCCCCGAUCUUUUUCCAGAGUGGCCACAGUGUACGUCAACAACGGCAGCGUCGGGUCCUUCAAGUCUCAGCUGUCCAUGAACGUGUUCACGAACUCCAAGUUCCUGUAUGCCAAAGACGCUCCCUAUGUGAUCGACACGUCAGAAAUCGGCUCUGAGGUCUUCAUAGGCAUCGAGGCCAAGGGGCUGAGCAACAGGUUUAAGGUUGUGAUCAGUAACUGCUGGGCCACACCCUCCCCCUACUCUACAGACAAGAAGAGGUGGAGCCUCAUUAUCAACAGCUGUCCAUCGGACAACACCGUCACCAUAUUUGACAACGCCAAAGACAGCCGCUCCACCUUCAAGUUCAACUCAUUCCGCUUCCAGCGGCUGGACAAGGUGUCCACGGUCUGGCUCCACUGCGACGUCCAGCUGUGUGACGGGGAGAAGCUCUACUGCCAGCCGAUUCCUUGUACUGCGCGUAGUGUCCAUUCGGAUCCAGAACUCUCCGGAGGAAUCCUGACCACAGAGUUCCACGUUAGAGGAGAACUGUCCUCCAGUUACAGACACCUUUCAGGUGUGUAUCUGUGCGCUAUGUGUAUCGCCUUUGUGAGUAUACUAGGGAACUUCAACAACCUGCCAAGACUACUGUGAAGCUCAACAUUCCUGAAAGUCCACACAAGGCUUUGGUCUCUCUAUGGUGUGCACACACACACACACAAACGUACAGACACACACACACACACACUCACACACAUACAGACACACACACACACACACAUAAACAAACACACCCACACAUGCACACACACACACACAUCCAUCUCUCAGGGGAAGAAGCACACACUCCUCUAGCUCAUGCCAUGUAAAUCCUCCCCUCCGUUCUCUAGAGACCAGAAGAUCACAGCGCAGUGUGUGUGUGUGUGUGUGUGUGUGUGUGUGUGUGUCUGUGUGUUCCUGGGUCAGGACUCUCACCACAGAUAGUGUAUAUCAGAGAGCAGAAGAAUGUCCAAAUGAUUAGCUGAGGAGUAUGUUUCAUUUGUUUUAUUGGAUUGCAAAUGAAUUUGUGUUUUUGCCAUUAUAAUAAACAUUGUCCAACAUGA